GGAAAGCUCAUAAAAAAAUCAACCAUAUGAACUCAACUAACACAACAUAACCUAAAUCUCAAGCUAAAAAGGGCCAAUAUGGAACAGAGUGUUCAUUCCAGAUUCAUUGGAAAUGUACUGUUCGUAUCAUUGGAAAUUGUUUAAAAGCAUUCAUACUAGUGGGAGUGGCACUGCAAAAGAGAAGAAGAAGAAUAUGAUACGUUUAUUACAAAUGAAAAAUCAGAUGAGUUUGAAAGGGAGAGGCCAAGGGGUGGACCUGGGGACCUCCACCUUGUCCUUGAUCCGCUCUAUCUUCUUCUCAUAUUUUGGUCUUGCGUUUCCGUACGAACCUUUGAAUCUCUUCCCUUUCUUCGUUUUCUUGUCCCCUCGACCGCACAGUACCGGCACCCCCGCCGCCGAUGGUGGUGGUGGUGGUGGUGGUGAUGAUAAUGAUGAGAGUGACGACAUGGCCAUUCGAUGUUCGGUCGACAUCACCAUUCUCCUUGCUAUUGCGCCGUACCACUGUAUCAUCGCCAUUUUACUCUUCGGGAGCUUAAACCCUAGAGCCCGGGACUCACAAGCUCAACGAGAAAAGGCUGGGACUCUCUUAUCUAUGUUUGGAGCUUUUUAUUACGUUUCAGACCUCCCUUUGGAAAUCAUUCUAUUGUUACGCCAAGUGGUGUACCCAAGCCAAGAGUGUAAUGAACACCCAUGA